AUGCCCACGUCCACGUACGUUUGGUGCUUAGUCGCAGGGAGCCCGAGCCCGACAUGCCCGAGUCAGGUAGCCCACGUUUGUGGGAAGAGGAAGUGCCGGGGCGUGGCGCAGGCGAAGUGCCGGGGUGGCAAAGGAUCGCAUCGGUCGAUGCAUGCGCGCGUGCCCCCAUGUGUUGUCACUGUUGUUGCGGUGGGCGCGCCAGAGGGGGAGAUCGCCACACAGCGUUACGGAGUAGUUACGUCUUGA